CUAAUUUUACUUUUUUUUCUUUUAUAUUCCAUUAUGGCAGGAAAAAGAAAGAGAAAAAACAAGACACACAAGGCACCUACUGAAGAAGAUUACCUCAAAGUCCCCAAGAGUUUUGUUAUUCGAUCAGGCAUUGUUGGAAACUCGAUCACUGCUUUAGUACGUGAUGUUCGUCGAGUCAUGGAACCAAAUACAGCCAGCCAUUUGAAGGAACGACGAACCAAUAGAUUGAAGGAUUUUGUCGCAGUAGCAGGUCAAUUAGGCGUUACAAACUUUAUGAUCUUUAGUCGAACAGAAAAGAAUACCAACCUCCGUAUUUGUCGUGUUCCUCGUGGUCCUACUUUAUCUUUUCGUAUUCAUGAAUAUUCUUUAGCAAAAGAUUGUUUGGCUUUACAAAAGAACCCUCAUACAAAUGACAGUGAUUAUCACCAUAGUCCUUUAUUGGUGCUCAACAAUUUUAAACAAGAAGGAAAGGAAUUUAAGGUGAUGACCGCCAUGUUACAAAAUAUGUUCCCACCUCUGGAUGUCCAAACGAUGCAAUUGAAUCAAGUCAAGCGUGUGUUACUGUAUAACUAUAAUGAAGAUACCGGAAUGAUCGACUUUCGUCAUUACAGUAUUGGUGUGAAAGCCACAGGGAUCAGCAAGUCAAUCAAACGGGUAGUGACAACACAUGUACCAAACUUGGGUGAUUUUGAAGAUAUCUCUGAUUAUGUAUUGAAGGAAGCUGUCAUUUCUGAAAGUGAUGUAGAAGAUGGACCAGAAUCUACGGUGACACUUGCUCAAGAUUAUUCGGGACGUAACAAUCGGAAGAAUGACCAACGGGCGGUACGACUUCAUGAAUUAGGACCUCGGAUGACAUUACAAUUGAUCAAGGUAGAAAAUGGACUUUGUGGUGGUGAAGUAUUAUAUCAUCGCUUCAUCAAGAAAACACCUGAAGAAAUCAAGGAGAAUGAACGGAAGCGACAAAAACUAUUGGCUGAAAAGGCUCAACGACGGGACAUACAAAAGGCCAACGUGGAACGCAAACAGUUGGAAAAGGAAGAACAUCGACGACGUACUGGUGCUCCUGAUGCUCAAUCAAGCAAACAAGAUGAUAAUGAGGAAGAUUUGCUUGGACAACAGAUGGAUCUGGAUGACGAUGAUCAGGAUAACGACGAUGAUGACGACGAUGACGACAACUAG